GCUUUCCACCGCCACUCCAUAUUUUCCAAUUUCCAUUUCCAUUUUCUUCAAACCCGAUUCUCUCUCUCUCUCUCCCUCUGCCGGAGAUCUCGGAUUUUGAAUUUGUUUCCUACAUCGCCGUUCCUUCGAUUACUCGUCGGAUCAAAUCGAUCUGAUCUGACUUUCUCUUGACGGAUUUCGAUCUUUGAUUCCUAAAAAUGGAGAAUCUCAUCUCUCUUGUUAAUAAAAUUCAGAGGGCAUGUACGGCGCUUGGUGACCAUGGCGAAGCUAGCGCAUUGCCUACACUAUGGGACUCCUUGCCGGCUAUCGCCGUCGUCGGUGGCCAAAGUUCGGGCAAAUCUUCAGUGUUAGAAAGCAUUGUCGGCAAGGAUUUCUUACCUCGUGGAUCUGGUAUUGUUACUAGGCGUCCUCUUGUCUUGCAACUUCAUAAAAGCGACGAGGGAAGCAGAGAGUAUGCAGAGUUUCUCCACCUUCCCAGGAAAAGAUUUACUGAUUUUGUUGCUGUCAGGAAGGAAAUUCAAGAUGAAACAGAUCGAGAGACUGGCCGCUCUAAACAAAUUUCCAGUGUCCCAAUUCAUCUCAGUAUAUAUUCUCCUAAUGUUGUAAACUUGACACUUAUUGAUCUUCCUGGGCUUACAAAAGUAGCUGUUGAGGGCCAACCAGAGAGUAUUGUUCAAGAAAUUGAAAUGAUGGUUCGCUCCUAUAUUGAAAAGCCUAAUUGUAUUAUACUUGCUAUUUCACCCGCCAAUCAAGAUUUGGCGACAUCGGAUGCGAUUAAAAUUUCUCGUGAAGUUGAUCCUACUGGGGAGAGAACUCUGGGUGUCUUGACGAAGAUUGAUCUCAUGGAUAAGGGAACAGAUGCUGUUGAUAUUUUGGAAGGCAAAGCUUACAGGCUGAAGUUUCCUUGGGUUGGUGUUGUGAAUCGUUCACAAGCAGACAUCAACAAAAAUGUUGACAUGAUUGCAGCUAGGCGUAGGGAGCGUGAAUAUUUUGCUAGCACUCCUGAAUACAAGCACCUCGCCCAUAGGAUGGGCUCUGAGCAUCUAGCAAAGGUCCUUUCAAAGCAUCUAGAAACGGUGAUCAAGUCCAAAAUCCCCGGCAUUCAAAACCUUAUCAACAAGACCAUUUCAGAACUUGAAUCCGAACUAAGCCGUCUUGGAAGGCCUGUUGCAAAUGAUGCUGGGGGUAAACUAUACAUGAUUAUGGAGAUUUGUCGGGCUUUUGAUCAGAAUUUUAAAGAGCACCUUGAUGGCGUGCGUCCUGGUGGUGAUAAAAUUUACAAUGUCUUUGAUGACCAACUUCCUGCUGCGCUGAAGAGGUUGCAGUUUGACAGGCAACUGUCAAUGGAAAAUGUAAAGAAGCUUAUUACUGAAGCUGACGGAUAUCAACCUCAUUUAAUAGCUCCUGAACAAGGAUAUCGUCGUCUUAUUGAAUCUACUUUAGUUACUAUUAGAGGCCCAGCUGAGGCAUGUGUUGAUGCGGUUCAUGCCAUAUUGAAGGAUCUGGUUCACAAAGCGAUGGGUGAAACUCUAGAAUUAAAGCAGUAUCCUGGUCUUAGAGUGGAGGUAGGAAACGCAGCUAUUGAAUCCCUAGAAAGAAUGAGGGAGCAAAGCAAAAAGGCUUCACUUCAGCUUGUGGAUAUGGAGUGUAGCUACCUGACUGUUGAUUUCUUUCGGAAGCUUCCUCAAGAUAUUGAAAAGGGAGGCAACCCUACGCAUUCGAUUUUUGACCGAUACAAUGACUCAUAUCUAAGGCGUGUUGGAACAACGGUGCUAUCUUAUGUCCAUAUGGUUUGCGCAAGCUUACGGAACUCGAUUCCCAAGUCCAUUGUUUACUGUCAAGUACGAGAAGCCAAAAGAAGCCUCCUCGACCACUUUUUCACUGAUUUGGGAAAACUAGAGCAAAAGCGCCUAUCAUCAUUGUUGAACGAGGAUCCAGCGAUCAUGGAACGGCGUACUGCCCUAGCAAAGAGGCUCGAGUUAUACAGAAGUGCACAAGCAGAAAUCGACACGGUUGCUUGGUCAAAGUAAGAUUGUUACAUGUAUAAUAUCUUUUUCAGUAUGUGGAAUGUGGGAGGGAGGGGAGAUGGCAGCAGCACAGUUCUUUCAUUCAUACAUUGCGGGGAAGAAGGUUAGCUGGAUAAGCUGAUUUUUGUUGUAUUCAGUUUCCGACGCUAUAUAAAGAAGUUAUUUUUGCCAUCUUUCUUCAAGCCCCCCUUUGGGGAAUAUAUGGAGUACCAUUACACAAUAUUAUAUGAAGGAAAUACCUGCCAUUUUUUUUUUC